AUGGUUCAGACUCGCUUUGCGGCCAUUUCUUUGGCCUUGGCCAGCCUAGCCUCCUCCCAAUGCCCCUUCGCCGACCCAGCGCGCCUGGCUGCGAGGGCUGAAGGCCGGCCCGAGUCGUCUCGUGAACACCUCAAAAGCUUCGAGGUUGACGACAGUGACGGCUUCCUGACGUCCGACGUGGGCGGGCCCAUUGAGGACCAGAACAGCCUCAAAGCUGGAGAGCGCGGCCCGACCCUGCUGGAGGACUUCAUAUUCCGCCAGAAGAUCACGCACUUUGACCACGAAAGAGUUCCUGAACGAGCGGUCCACGCUCGUGGCGCCGGUGCCCACGGAACGUUUACCAGCUACGGCGACUUUAGCAACGUCACUGCUGCGUCGUUUUUGGCGGAAAAGGACAAGCAGACCCCGGUGUUUGUCCGCUUCUCUACCGUCGCCGGCUCCCGGGGCAGUGCCGACACGGCGCGUGAUGUUCACGGGUUUGCAGUCAGACUGCUGAUUAGCUACACCGACGAGGGCAACUUUGACAUUGUCGGCAAUAACAUCCCCGUCUUCUUCAUCCAGGACGCAAUUCAGUUCCCUGAUCUCAUUCACUCCGUCAAGCCGCGCUCCGACAGUGAGAUCCCCCAGGCAGCCACGGCCCACGACUCGGCGUGGGACUUUUUCUCCCAGGAGACGUCGACUCUUCACACCUUGUUCUGGGCCAUGGCUGGCUAUGGAAUCCCAAGAAGUUUCCGCCACAUGGACGGCCACGGCGUCCACACCUUUCGGCUCGUGACCGAGAAAGGCGACACCAAGCUCGUCAAGUGGCACUGGAUCUCCAAGCAAGGCAAGGCCAGUCUGGUCUGGGACGAAGCGCAGCACAUCGCCGGAAGCAACGCCGACUUUCACAGACAGGAUCUCUUUGACGCCAUCGAGUCGGGCAACUUCCCAGAGUGGGAGCUCAAUGUUCAGAUGAUCAAUGAGGAGCAGGCUCUCGCCUUUGGCUUUGAUGUUCUCGACCCUACCAAGAUUAUCCCCGAGGAGCUUGCUCCUCUGCAGCCUCUCGGCCUCCUUCGACUCGACGCCAAUCCAUCCAAUUACUUUGCCGAGACGGAGCAAAUCAUGUUUCAACCCGGUCACAUUGUGCGAGGUGUUGAUUUCACAGAUGAUCCUCUGCUGCAGGGACGCAUUUUCUCCUACCUAGACACGCAGCUGAACCGGCAUGGAGGCCCCAACUUUGAACAGCUCCCCAUCAACAGACCCAUCAUUCCUAUCCACAACAACAACAGGGACGGCGCUGCCCAAAACCUGAUACACAAGAACACUGCCCCCUAUUCUCCAAACACUCUGAACAAGGGAUUUCCCAAGCAGGCCAACCAGACCCAAGGCAAAGGCUUCUUUACCGCCCCGGGACGCCAGGCUUCCGGCGCUCUCGAGCGACGCCGAAGCCAGACCUUCCUCGAUCACUGGAGCCAGCCUCGCCUGUUCUUCAACUCCAUCACCCCCGUCGAACAGCAGUUUCUCAUCGACGCCAUCCGGUUCGAGACGAGCCAUGUCAACAAAGAUGUCCAGGAGAACGUCCUGGUACAGCUCAACAAAGUCAGCCACGACAUGGCCGUCCGCGUCGGCAAAGCGCUUGGCCUUGAUGCCCCCGCCCCCGAUGACACGUUCUACCACGAUAACAAGACCCGGGGCCUCUCCAUCUUUGGCCAGGCACUUCCCACCAUCGCCACCCUCCGCGUCGGCGUCCUAGCCUCGACCGAGUCGAGCGACUCCCUCUCCCAGGCCAAGUCUCUCAAGGACAGCCUCGAGUCUAGCAAAGUCACCGUCGUCGUUGUCGGCGAGACUCUUGCCGCGGGCGUCGACCGAACCUACUCUGCCGCGGGGGCGGUUGACUUUGACGGCAUCGUCGUGGCUGACGGCACGCAGAAGCUCUUUGACGCCAAGAACAAGUCUUCGCUCUUCCCCCCGGGUCGUCCCACCCAGAUUGUCACGGAUGGCUUCAACUGGGGCAAGCCAAUGGGGUUCUUGGGCAAGGCAAAGGACGUUGCCGCGGCUGCUGGAGCCAGCGAGGGUGCUGGCGUGUUCUUCAAGGGUGCCGCCGAGGACAUCGUCGAGGACUUCAAGAGGGGUCUUGCGACUUUCAAGUUUACUGAUCGGUUCGCGCAGGGUGAUUAG